AUUCAUCCUACAACACAAAUCACAAAUCUCUUGCUCCAACGAAAAUAUAAGACUUGUCCCAAGAAACUAAAAAAUCUCAACUCGUAUCUUGGAACAAAAAUUUCACUGAGUGUAAGAAGUGAACGAAUUAUGGCGUGUGCAUUGUCAGGAAACAGCUGCACAGUCACAAGCAGCAGAUUGGUGUUCAACAAGUACCGGAAUGAGCCCAAAAAGAGGCAAAGUUUGCAUUUGUUCAAAGUGAGAUCUUCUACUGAGGAUUCUGAUUGCAAUACUGAAGAAUGUGCACCUGAUAAGGAGGUUGGGAAAGUGAGCAUGGAAUGGGUAGCUGAGGAUAAUACAAAAGUAGUUGGUACAUUUCCUCCCCGUAAGCGGAGUUGGACUGGUUACAUUGAAAAGGACACUGCUGGACAGACAAAUAUAUACUCUGUUGAGCCAGCAGUAUAUGUGGCAGAAAGUUCAAUCAGCUCUGGAAAUAGAGGGUCAUCUUCUGAUGGAUCUGAGAACACUGUAGCUAUUACUUCUGGAUUUGCUCUGAUCUCUAUUGCGGCCGCUUCUUUAGUACUUCUACUAGUUGGGAAGAACCCUCCUGUGAUUCAAACAUCUGAAUACUCGGGACCAUCCCUAAGCUACUACAUCAACAAGUUUACACCUUUGGAAGCAACUGUGCCCACUGUAACUGAAACACCAGCAUCUCUCCAAACAGAAAGCUCCGCUCCAGAAGUUUCUCAACCUGAGAUUCGAUUGGAAUCUCAAGAUAUGUCCACAUCCAGCUCUAACAUUUCUUAGGUGGACAAAAUUUUUGUUUACAUAUAUAUGGUAUGCUGUAACUCAAAAACAUAUUUUGACUACUUUCAACAGUAUCAUAGUUGACGGUAAUGUCACUCUUCGAAACUGCACAUGAGAAGUUUUCCUUCUCAGAGCUCACAAAUAAAUCCAUGUUUCAGCAUUA